UAACCACCCACAAUAAUGCCUGACGACCCAAAAGUUAAGGGCUUCCCCGACAUAUCGGCCAAACUGUCCGCGCCCGCCAAAAAGUCCCUCUUCGAACGGCAAAAAGCCGAGGCGGAGGCAAAACGCGCCCGAGAACGCGCGGAAACAGCUGCCGUCUAUGAGGACUUCGUCAAGUCGUUCGAGGAUGAUUCCUCCCAUCAUAGCAACAGAGAUUCUUCUCGAAAUUUUUCAGAUGGACGAAUGAAUGCAUUUGGUGGCGGUAAUCGGGGCGUUGCUGGAGGUCCUCCGAGACGACAUUUCACGAACUCUUCUGCACUGCGCAAUAGCGGUCCUGGGACGCUGGGACCGGCCCCGUCGUUGCUUUCAAGGAAACGAACUCAUGAUGGAUUUCCGCCAUCGCAUAAUAGGGCUGGAGAUUCCUUUGGACACGGGGUUUUGGGGUUUGAGAGCUCGGGUUCGGGACCGUUGAAUAAUACUGCGUCCGCUUUUCAGGAGUCAGACGAUGAGGAUGAGAAAACUGCGAGUGCGGCGAAGGAAGCGGAGAGAGCUGCUGCUAAACCGACAUUAUAUCUCGCAACGCUGCCUCCGGGGAUGUCGCCAGCGGCUAUUAAGUCCCUGAUUCCGUCAACUUUGACCGUCGACAAUGUGAAGAUACUGCCUCGAUCUCCAGAACAACCGAAUUCGACCGAGAGAAAGUCCAUAUCUGCCAUAGUUACGCUUGCCAAUGAAUCCGCGGCCUCAGACAUAGACAGCGCUGUUAGCGCGCUACAAAAUAAAUAUCUGGGAUGGGGCUACUAUCUCUCGAUCUCUCGUCAUCUCUCUUCAGCAGCUAUUGGUUCCACGAUGCCCGUGACCGUUGGCUUGUCAUCGAUAUCUUCACGUCCUUUUGGUGCCAAGCCUGUCCAGCAGAACUUUGGAGGGGGUUUGAGGCGUGCUCCACCGCCUGGGUCUCAUCGUGGAGCAUUCGCUCCCCCCAGUUCGUAUGGACCAGGAUACGGGAGAAGUGGACCGACGUUGCUGGUUGAGGUUCAGGCUCCGUCUGAUCUUAAGCAGCUGAAACUGAUACACAAGACACUGGAGAAUCUACUAAAUUACGGCCCGGAGUUCGAGGCUCUUCUCAUGAGCAGGCCUGAGGUACAGAAAGAUGAGAAGUGGGCUUGGCUGUGGGAUCCCAGGAGCACUGGCGGCGUAUACUACCGAUGGAAACUGUGGGAUAUCGUUACGAACUCUCGUUCCCGGGCAGACCGAGGACGGAGGAGAACAGGUCGAAAUCCUACACUCAUCUUCGAGGGCGGCGCUGGCUGGCUAGCACCUGACGCACAUAUCAAAUUUGAAUACACUACACGGAUGGAUGAAUUCGUCUCGGAUGAGGAUUACAACUCUUCUGAUGAGGAACAGUCCGAUGGGGAGGAUGAUAGGCGAUUACAAGCCGGAGGUCCACCGAAGGAUGGUUUGGGUGCCAACAAUGAUGGAUUAGGCUACAUGAACCCUCUCCAAAAGGCCAAACUAACCCAUCUUCUGUCUCGGCUCCCGACGACCAUAGGAAGACUACGAAAAGGCGACAUCGCGCGUGUCACCGCUUUUGCUAUUGAGCACGCAGGUGCGGGUGCCGAUGAGGUUGUAGAAAUGAUAGUUUCCAACAUCAUUAACCCGUUCGCUUAUACCGGAGCGAAUCCAGAAAGAGCGGCCGCAAGGCGGGAGAUUUCAGAGGAAGCAAUUAUUAAUAAUGAAAACAAUUCCACUCAGGGGUCGCGGUUGACGAAGGAUAAUCCGGACCUUUCUUCUUCCAAGCUCGUCGGUCUCUACGUCGUUUCAGACAUUCUAUCUUCUUCUGCGACAAGUGGCGUACGGCACGCAUGGCGCUAUCGACAGCUCUUUGAGUCAGCACUCAGAUCUCACCACGUCUUCGAACAUCUCGGGCGACUGGAGAAGGAUCUCAGCUGGGGCCGGCUAAAGGCCGAGAAAUGGAAACGGAGUAUCGGGUCCCUUUUGCAUUUGUGGGAGGGUUGGUGUGUCUUCCCUCAGUCGAGCCAGGAACAUUUCGUGCAAGUCUUCGAGAAGCCACCCCUUACGGAGAAAGAACUACAGGAGGAAAGGGAGAGAGCAGAAGCAGAGCGGGCUGCUGCCACCGUCGCAAAGGGAAAGAGCCGAUGGAAAGCCGUGGAUGAUGAUGCGAAUACAGGGAAAUUUGACCCUAACCGGCCUCCCGAGGCGGACCAAAACAAGAUGGAUAUCGACCCUGCCGCUGGAAAUGACCUGGCCGCCGAACCCAUGAGUGACAUCGACGGUGUUCCCAUGGAAGACAGUGAUUUGGAAGGACUGGAUGGGGAGCCGUUAGAUGAAGGAUCACCAAUGGAAGACGUGGAGCAGCAAGGUGAAGAGGAGGAAACUAGAACUGGAACUGGAACAGUGCCUGAGAAAUCAGUCCAGGAGCCAGUUCAGUCUGAACGGCCACCUCCAGUUCGGAAGCCACGUCCAAAAGCAGAGGACAUGUUUGCCGAUUCUGACUCUGAGUGAACUUCUCUACAUUAUACAAAUGUAUCAGUCAUGUAGAAUAGUGGCACAUUAGUGAGAUUGACGACAUAUUAACAGUCCCAUGUCCAGCGUAGAAUGGUGGUGGGUAGGUAGUAAAGGGUAUAUGACAAGUUCCAUCUUGCGAUUCUUGUCGCAAAAGAAUACAGUAGACGCCAGGAAGGUCUCAACGGCAAGCUCAUACUGUUGCAGAUGAGGCUGAGAUGUUAAUUUGAU